AUGCCAGUUGAAAUCGACUGGUGGACCGCCGAGGACUUCAAAGCGAAUGGACUGGAGAGGUUAACGCCGGAUCCAAGCUUUUUGAUGGGGGGAGAGACGGAGUUCCGUGUUGUGAAAAUUGUGGGUGCGGAGGUGUAUCCUUGUGGCGGGACGCAUGUGGGGAGUACGAAGCUGUGUGGGAAGACGACGGUGAGGAAGAUUGGGAGGAGUAAGGGGACGUCAAGAGUUAGUUAUGUUGUUGAGAGGUGA